AUGUUGCGGAGUGAAGAUGGCACAAGGCCCCAAGGCGUUACCCCUUUGGGCUCCUCAGAUGUUUAUUGGGUCCAGCCAAUUACAAAAAAUAGGCCUGUGUUAACCCUUACUAUUGAAGGAAAGGAUUUCAAGGGCAUUUUGGAUACAGGGACGGAUGCCACAGUCAUAUCUCAAGAUCAUUGGCCCGCCCAUUGGACGCUGACCGCAUCUCUCACCAAUUUGCAAGGUAUAGGCCAGUCCAACAACCCCCAAGUCAGCUCAAGGGUAUUACACUGGAAAGAUAAGGAAGGCAAUCAGGACACUGUGACUCCUUUUGUAUUACCAGGCCUCCCUGUUAACCUGUGGGGAUGUGACAUUCUCUCCCAAAUGGAAGUUAUCCUUUGCAGCCCUAGUGCUGUGGUCACACAACAAAUGCUGCGCAUGCCUGGCACAGGACUUGGAAAAAUGAGACAGGGCAUAACUCAACCUAUUACAGCCCCUCUAAAACAGAUAGACAUGGGCUCAGAUAUUUGGAUUUUUAGUAAUGGCCACUGGCCUUCCUGUACCCAAAGCAGAUAA